ACGUGGACUGACGAUCUUCUUCAUCUCCCAAAUCGCGAUGCCAAAAAUCAGACCAAACAGCUUCAAUACCUUCUCCAUUACUCUCACUGGUAAUCCACACCAUCAACGCUGAAAUCAACCCAAUAUCCCAUCUACAAUUGGUUCUUGAAUCCAUUUACCCCUAAAAUUUCAUAUAGAUUGUUUUUCAGAUCUCCCCAUAUGGUGAGGUAUUUUGAAAUAUAGGGCUGAGCUUAGGGCCCUUUUGAUCUGGUGAAAAGAAGGGCCCCAGAGAGAGUGAACAAGCUAUGAAGGACAUGUUCGGAAGCCCUGGAAGUGUGAGUGGAUUGAUGUUGCGAAUUGGCCAAUUUUUAUGUGCUGCUGCUUCGAUUGGGUGGAUGGUUUCAGCUGCUGGAUUUUCGAACUAUACUGCAUUCUGCUAUUUAAUAGCAUCGAUGGGACUUCAAGUGUUGUGGAGCUUUGGGYUAGCUUGUCUUGAUGUCUAUGCUAUUAGAAUCAAGAAAGACCUUCAAAAUGCUGUCCUUGUGAGCUUGUUUGUGGUUGGCGAUUGGGCUGGGUAA